AUGCAGAAGGCCAGGGUUCUGACUUCACCGCAUGAUCCUCCACAUGGCUCCAUCAUUCUACUGGUAACCGACGGCGAGGAGAACCGGACGCCUUAUGUGGCGAGCGUCAUGCAAAACCUCGUGAAGUCCCUCGUCGAAGUAAGCUCAUUUGCGAUUGGAAGAGAAGCUGACAAAGAACUUGAAGCUCUGGCUGCUGCAACGAAGGGCCAGUCGUUCUGUUUCCUAGACAGCCAACCAUUCAUUGGCGUCAACAUGGGCGCGGCGUUUGUGACAGCCAGUGCAUCCGAAGAGGAACCCCAAUGGCCCGUUACGGUUUUGCAAACUGAAAGCAGUUUCACCAUGGGGAUGAAGCAGAAUUUCACCAUUGAUGCUGGCUUGGGAAAGAAUACAAUCAUCUCCAUUAGACUUGCUGGUUCAACCAUACGAUCAAUAAAUGUAGAGCUGACGGACCCCAGUGGACAGAAAUGCGCUGUUUGUAGGGGUGUCGCCUACGGUGACACAACGAGGAUAGCCCUACCGGAGCCCGCAAAGACUGGUACUUGGAUGCUUCAGCUAAAGAGAAACAGUACCGAUGAUGUCCAGGCGAGCGUGAGGGUGUUCUCACAACCUUCUGACAGCAACACGGAACCCAUCAGAACCAGUGCACGAAUGAUAGACGUGUUAGUUGGAGAACCCUCCCGGUCUGUCGUCAUUGUUGACGUCACUAAAGGGAAGAAGAUCGUCUUGAAUGCAAGUGUUACUGCCAAGAUAACUGACUGGCUUGGAGCAACCACCACCCUAAGACCUCGUGACAAUGGCCAAGAGCCGGACGUGUACGCAGAUGACGGGAAGUACUCUGAGUACUACACCGACUUUAUUGGAAGUGGAAGGUACAUCUUGGAGGCAUACGUGAGUGGUCACAACGUUAACGUGUCCUGCAGGACGGCAUGUUCUGCAAGCUCCAAUAAGCCCCUCAUUAUGAAGCAGGAUACCACCGAAUCACCUAUAGGGCCCUGCAAAGUGCCCCAUGAGUUUCCCGAAGAGUGUUGCAAACUGUCCCAUUCGUAUCCCAAAAAGUGCUUCCCUUCCUACAACGGCACCUUCAAGUACAAACGCCAGCGGCAAGGAGAAGAGACAAUCAACGGCACUUGGCAUAUUGUUGUCGAUGGAGGAUCAUUCUAUGUCGGCCACAAUAUCACCAAAAGCAUGUAUCCGCCAUUGAAACCUUGGAAAUUUCGAGUCUGUUGUGCGACACCAGGAAACAAUGGCACUCUUCUCGUUGAGAUGAGCUGGAAUUGGGCGGGUGCACACCUGAACUCUGGAAAAGCGUCAUCAAUCGAUAUCCGGGUGAGUAAGACGUCCGCAAGUCUCAAGGAAAACUUCGAGUCACAAGAAAAGAUUGAUUCAACCCAUUUGGUUAAGGGUACUUUAGAACCUGGUGAAGCACACACGCUUAACGAAGUAACCAUAUCGCUUUCUCGUGACUUGGCAGAAGUUACAGAAAAUUAUACAAGAUGGCAAGUUAUGUUUGCUGCUAGAACGACAAACUCGCUUAACGUGACUUCCGAGCUGUCAGAUGUAGCAGACUUGGACUACUUCGACGAGGAAAAGUACACAUCAGAGCCCCUAGCCAGUGUGCCCACAAGACAAACAGCAGCAGAAGAAGGUACCACAACAUCGACAGUCGGAAAUACAGCCGAAAAUGAUGUGGCGUUUACAGCGAUAAUUGAAGACUCUGACGACGACCAAAAGUACACGUCAAAGGCGCCAAGAAAGGAGUCCCCGGGAUACACGGAAGCUGACAAAGGCAAUGAAUCUACAGGCGGGCACCGCGCCGAAGACAGCAAUGAUGGCACAUCCACAUCUGCAAAGCCUUUGGUUCUGGCUCUUAUUGUGGCUGCGGUGGUGAUCGUUUCUGCCGGACUAUGGGCGCUUAAAAUGAUCAAGGAUGAACGCGAAGACGUGGUGCAACAUGAGGCUGCUAUUGAAUCGACCGCCACAACAAGUGUGUCAGUGCAGUAGAGUUGAAAACUUUGGAAGUUAAUAAACCUCACUCAAGACGAGACAUCAGGUAGUGUUUUCAGACUCGCAUGUUCUUAUUGAGCCUGCUGUUUCACCGAAGAUAUUCAAUUCCUAAUAUUACCACUCUGCACGUGCUAUUUUUCAAAAGCUCGCUGCUUCUCGUGCACC